AGGACAAAACCACUGCUGCCGUUGGGGUAUUGUUGUGUUCGGCGAGGGUGUGAGGGAGGCGCGGGUGGUGUUUGCGAGGGGCGGUGUGGCGCGCGUCAGAGGCUCGGUCCCCUGGUGCCCGUCUCAACCCGAGAGCUCCAACUGUCCCGCCUGAAGCUGGAAGCUGCCGCCAGCGUGGACCGAGGCUCGUAUUAUUUCUCUUAUAUAGUCACCUGUUGCUAAGGUUGCCACAUCUCGCUUCAUUCUCCACUCUGGGAAGAGUUUGCGAGUCACUCCCCUCUUGGAGGGUGUGCGAAUAGUAUGGUAAUUGAGGCGUUCACGCACCGGCAGGAUGGUGAUGAAAGGCCUCUCUUGCCCUGUGUCGAGCACCUGGUGGUGAGACGCAUCACUCACCACCCCCGACUAGCCACGUGAGAGGUUCCACUCUCUUGCACGGUCCACAUGAACGUUUACGGUGACCAAGGUGAUCAUCAGCAGUCAGGCUGGCGGGGGCAUGAGCAACAUUGGGAGCCAGCAGGUGCGCCUCAUCACCAGCCAGAGUGGUAAUACUGCAGCCUCCCCUGCCAAGCUGACCUUGCAGCAGGCACAGCAUGUGGGUUUCUUGCCAUCCUCCAAGCCACAGGGCCAAUCUCCAAACAAGAUUGUUGUGCAGCGGGUGAGUAUGGGUGGAGUGUCCCCUGUGAAGAGUCCCAAUAAGUUGGUCCCUGUGUCCUCCAAGUCACCCACCAAAAUUGCCCCAGCCCCUCCUUCCACACAGCAGAUUUUAACUCAAGUGAGCAGUGGUGGAGCUGUGAGGAACAUUCUUUCAAGUCCUCAGAAGAUUGUCAUAAAGAGCAAUAUUCCUCAACCUGGACAGGGGACAGUGAGCACCGUCCGGAGUGGCCAGAUUGUCACUUCUGGGGGACAGCAGGUCAUCAAGAUUCCAGCCAAUCAAGUGCAGCAACUGACAGCACAGCAGCAGAAUGUGCAAGUUCUCUCCAAUAAGGUUUGGUUUUUUUUUUUUUUUUAGUUAACUUUUUAAUUUGAUUUUUGUUGGUUGAAUAAUUAGUUAAUGUAGGAAUGGCACAAGAAUCAAGAGUGUGUAAUGUGGUAACAAGCUGUCUGAAUGGGGCAUGUGCAGUGACAAGAUGGGUGGCUGAGGUCAAUGAGAAUGUGUAUGAGAUGUGGCAUGAGCAAGUGUGGAUGCUGUAUAAGUUGUGGAGUGGUGAAAUGGGUGAAGAGGAACACACAGACAUGGUAUGGCUAUAUUGAGAUGAAGAGCAAAGAGUUUGUAAAGAAAGUGCAUACGAGUGAAGUUGAAGGUGCUAAUAGGAGGGUAAGGUCACUUGAAAGAUGGAAGAAUAAAGUAAUGGUGUGCAUGUGUGAAAAAGAUGUUAGUACAAGCUAACUGCUUGAACAAGCAAUAUGUGUGGAUAAGGAGAGGUGGAGGCUUGCCUUCUGUGGCCAUUCUCAGCCAUUACAACAGCAUAGUUAAUGUACUGAUGUUUGGUGUCAUAUAAAUACCUUCAAGAAUAACAGCUUCAGUUCAAGUUUGAAUGUUUAGAUUAUGAUGCCCCUUGAUAUGUUUGAAGGUGUAAGUAAGUAAGUAAUUAAGUUUAUUUGGAUUAUUCAUGUGCAUUACAGGCAGAGUACCACACCAGUUAAUGUACAUAGAUUCUUCAUCCAGGAUAGCCUACUAAAGUUUAGCAACUUAUUUCCAGUAGGGUCCCUUUUAUGCAGCAAGAUGGGGCGGGCAGCACAGGAAUCACUAUACACUUAACUCUGGUACACAGAAAUACUAGACCCUAAAAUUAUUAGCCAACUGUAUCCAUAAAAUUUAAAUUUAAAAUUACAAUGUAUUUUCACUAUGACUAUCAUGGUUAAUAAUAAGUAAAAUCAUUUGACUCAGCAGCUCUUUCUUCAUCUUGUAAAUAUUUCCUGAGAGAUGUUUUGAACAGGUGUUUGGAUUGUAUGUUUUGUAAUUUUUUUGGUAAUGAAUUCCAGUCUUUAAUGGCUGUAUGAUAAAAGGUAUGUGCUGAGGGACCCUUUGCAAUUGACAUACCAAAGUUUAAAUCAUUGUUUCUAGUCCUAAUUGUGUGGGUAUUUGUUUUCCUAUGGAAAUGUUCUGCUAGAUAUGUUGGUCCUCUGUUGUUAUGGAUAUUAUGUGCAUGGCUUAAUUUUAAUUCUUUAACCCUAUUCUUGACACUAAGCAUAUUUACUUUUUCUCUCUCCACUUGUCCUAUAUGAGAUCUAGGGUCUAAACCUAAAAUAAAUCUAAUAAUCUUGUUUUGACAAAUUUGUAGUUGUUUUUUUAGAUCUACUGCUCAGUCCAGAGUACCAAGAGGAACAUGCAUAAUCAAAGUGAGGUUGAAUUAGAGAGCUACAUAAGGUUUUCUUAAUUUUUUGAUCAAGGUCUUUUGCUUGUCUGUACAUGAAUUUUAACCUUGCAUUUAUCCUCUUGAUUAUCUGAUUACAAUUUAGCUCCCCUGAAACACACUGAUCCAAUUGAACUCCUAAAUAUUUUACUGAUUUUACUCUAUUUAUGUCCUGACCCAAACAUGUUAUAUUAAAAUCAUCUACAUUUUUUAAUUUUGUUUUUGAUCCAACUAACAUAAUUUCCGUCUUUCCUAAAUGCAAAGACAGCUUGUUAUUUAUCAUCCAGGUGUUACAUGAUUCAAGUUCUUUUCUUAGUCUAUUUUUGAUAAAAUCUACAUCUUUGUGUGGAAUAAUCAAAAUGCUUUCAUCUGCAUAUAGCAAAAGUUUACACGAGACACUGAUUUUCAUGUCGUUUACAUAACAUAAGAACAGGAGUGGACCUAAAAUGCUUCCCUGUGUGGUACCCCACAGGAUACAUUUCUGGUUUCCGAGCAAUGUUCAUCUAUCUUCACAAUUUGACUUCUUCCACUUAGAUAAGAAUAAAACCAUUCCACUGACUCUACACCCAUUGCUCUUAAUUUUUCACACAAGAUAUGAUGGUCAACAGUAUCAAAUGCUUUUUGCAGAUCUAGAUGAAGAAGAUGAUUAAGUACACUUAAGUACAUGCAAAAUAGCCUCCAUUUCGCCACAUGCUGACGAACCACCAAUGUGGGAAAACAGUUUACUCAUACAUUCUCAAAAUGGGUACCGGUGUAUUGAUAGGAAAGGACUCAAUGAGCUUUUUUGUAGUUCUGAUGUCAAGAAGGAAGGCAUGAAGAGGAUAUGGUGGAGGGGAGCUUUUU